AUGGCUCCUAUCUCAAGACCAAAGGCAAUCUUCUCAACCCCUUCAAUGGGAGUAUCAAACGAAAACGAAAAUGUAGCUCACGUGUUUGUCGGAAGAGGGGAGAAGAUGAAGGAGUUCCGCGUCAACAAGAGGAUGCUCAGCAACGUCGCCCCUUUCUUCGAGGACCAACUCGACGCCACACCGGCCGGCAUCGUCAAGACCUCCGGCAAGCCCGUCGCGGUAUGGCUGCCCCAGCAGAACUCGUCCAUCCGUCUGCCCAACGAGUCCGCCUCCAUGUUCGAGCUCUUCGUCGUCUGGCUUCACCAGCGUGACGGCUUCCGCCGCCACCUCGACGAGAUGAUCACCCUCGUCAGCGACGCACCCGGCGUUCCCUGCCAGCGCCUCCACUGGGCCCUCGUCCGCCUUCACAUCUUCGCCGCCCGCCUCGACCUCCACCACCUUCAAGACCUCGCCAUCGAUGCUCUCCAAGACAUCUACCUCCGCUGCGAUUGGGAUGUCACUCCGAGGUUCGUCGAGUACGUCUACGACCAGUGCGACUCGGCCGCCGCGAUGCGCAUUCGUAGGUGGACGGUGGCCAUGGUAGCGUGGUCCGUUGCCGGCGGUUCGACCUCCAACAUCAACAACGAGGGCAGCCUCGAACGGUUCCAGGAGAUGUUCGAGCGCUUCCCUGACUUCGCCACCGACUACACCUCCCACCUCCGCAAGAUGAAGUCCAGCAAGCUCGACACGAGCAUCAAGAACCCGCAGCUCCGCAUCCCGGCGAACAAGCUUCGCAACGAGGAACGCCAGUUCGGGUUCCGGCAGUGCUCGUUCCACAGCCACCGCGCGGCCGUCGGCGAGCGUAGGUGUCCUCACACAACCGCCAGCAGGGAGCUGGACAACUUCCUCCUGGUGCCCUUGGUGAUGGAGGUCGAGCCGACGGCACGCAUCCCUUCCCGUCGGGACGUGCCACAACACCUUCGCCGACAGAGGAUGGCGCACACGGCGCAGGCGUGCUAG